AUGGAGCCAAGGGCAGAAAUUCGCAGAGCCUGCCAUGCGAUGAAGAAAUAUGGCUUCCAUCAUAUGACUGUAAAAGCAAUAUUGAAGGAACUCUUGCCUGCACAUAAUUAUAAUUGGGAGCUUAUUGAAAAUGAUGACUAUACAAUUCUUUUAGAUGCUAUGUUUGAGUGGAAAAACCGCAACAUCAAGAAUCUUGAGACAGCUGCCACUGUUCAAGCCGAGCAUGAAAAGUAUAAAACCCAAAUUGAAGAUCUGAAGUUACUUUUGAAAGCCACAAAUGAGAAGUAUGAAAGUUCAAAGAUUGAGUGGGAACAGAAGGAGCUUCAUUUGAUGAGUUGUAUAGAAAGAGUUGAAGAAGAGAACUUGUUGAUGCGAAAAGAAGCUAAUAAGCUAGCAAAUCUGCUUAAAAAGACUAAGGAGAAAGAAAAGGAAGAUGAUGAUUGA